UUUUGGCGCUGUAUUCUCCUCCGUAAAAGUCGGACGUCUCGCAACCCUAUAUAUAUAUUUAAAGCAAGUAUGGCUAUUCCUUCUGAAACAUGGUGUCCACCCAAAGUUGAACUGAAUACAUCAAUGGGAGACAUUGAAGUAGAAUUGUACUGGAAGCAUGCACCAAGAACUUGUAGAAACUUUGCAGAGUUGACAAGAAGAGGUUACUACGAUAAGACUAAGUUUCACAGAGUGAUACCAAACUUUAUGAUACAAACAGGAGAUCCAACAGGAACAGGCAAAGGUGGAUCAUCAAUUUAUGGCCCAAUGUUUGAGGAUGAGAUCCAUCCAGAACUAAAGCAUACAGGUGCUGGUGUAUUAUCAAUGGCAAACAGUGGACCUCAUUCCAAUGGCAGUCAGUACUUUAUCACUUUAGCACCGUGUCAAUGGUUGGAUGGUAAACACUCAAUAUUUGGUCGUGUUUGCAGAGGUAUGGAGGUUAUAAAGAAGAUAGGCAUGGUGCAAACUGAUCCCACUUCAGACAGACCAACAGAGGAUGUUUACAUAAUUGAAGCACAUUGUUCGCGUGUCUAACGUUGUUUCAUUGAAAACACGAUUGUCGUAUCAAGCUAAUGACUUAACCUCUAAUCUUGGUGAAAAGGUUUUCAUCUUGCAAUGAGUUUGAUUAUGUAUGAUAGUUGAGAACAGAGUUAAAUGGUGAAACUUGGUACAAAUAAACUCGUUUCACUGUGCACAUUA